AUGGCUCCCCAACCGUCGACUGCGCUCUUCACGCUCGAAGAUUCCAAGGCCGCCUUCAACAUCUUCUGCUGCGUCUGCGGUAUCGGCUCGCUGGGCAUGCCUUCCAACUACGCGCGCGCCGGCUGGACGUUCGCGACCAUCGCGCUGCUCUUCAUGGCGUUCGCCAACAUCUACUCGUCUGUGUUGCUGUCCAAGGUAAUGAUGGCGGCCCCCGCUGCGGUCAAGACGUACACUGACCUGGGUGAAUGGGUCGGCGGCCGGGUUGGUCGCUGGGCGGUGACGAUCUCGCAGAUGGGCGUGUGCCUGCUGCUGCCCUGCGCGUUCCUCGUCCUGGGCGGUUCGCUGCUCGACGUGCUGUUCCCGGACAGCUUCAGCCAGUCCGUGUGGAUCAUGUUCAUGGCGCUCAUGGUCGUGCCGGUCGCUCUGAUUCCGACCAUGAAGGAGAGCGGUGGCAUGGCCCUGGCCGGUUGCCUGGGCACGAUUGUGGCGGACGUCAUCGGCAUCUCCAUCCUCAUCUGGGAGGAGCGCGGACACCCGUCGCCGCCGCUUGCUGACGUCACCCCGCACCAGGUCAUCACCACGUUCGGUAACCUCUCGCUCGCGUACGCCGCUGCGACGGUGAUCCCCGACCUGCAGCGCCAGCACUCGCAGCCCGAGCGCAUGCCCCGUGUCAUCAUGGUCAGUUUGGGCAUUGCGUCGGCCUUCUUCAUCGCUGUGGCUAUUGCCGGCUACGCUGUGGGCGGCUGCCAGAUGUCGGGCAACCUGCUCUUCUCGGUCGCCAAUACCUCGGACCCGUUCGCCACCACCACUCUUGGUUUCGUGGCCGACCGCGGCGCCGUCAUCAUGGCCUACCUGUUCAUGCAGCUGCACCUGUCGAUGGCCUUCUCGACGUUCCUGCACCCGGCCUUCUACCUCUUCGAGCGCGUGAUCCUCGGCAUGCACAAGACGGACCCCAUCACCAACGACGGCGAGAUCGAGAUCGAGGAGAAGAUGUCGUCGUACAUGCGCUCGUCGACGCCCGCCGACCUCGAGAGCAACAACCGCCUCACCCGCGCGUCGGUUGCCGCCCACCACCACGACGAGGACGACCUGUCCGAGUACACGGGCGGCGCCAACGUGCUCCGCUACAUCGGCCUGCGCAUCUCCAUCAUCGUGAUCCUCGUGGUGCUCUCCAUCCUGCUGCGCGACCACUUCCUCGACCUCAGCGACUUCACGGGCGCCACGGCCAUCACCAUGUCGAGUCUCAUCCUGCCGAUCAUCUUCUACCUCAUGGUCUUCUGGACCAAGGUCCCUGCCUGGGAGAAGCUGCUCUGCGUCGCCGUCGCCGUCAUUUGCACCGUCUGCGGCAUCUACGUCAUGAUCUACGCCGGCAAGAACCUCUUCAACCCGGACGACGACGACACCACGUUCCCCUACUGCACGCCCGAGUUCCAGGAGGAGCCGUACUACGUCCGGAACAGCACAGACUAG